GUGAAUAUGGAAGCCAUCAAAAGUUUUGGACCUAAACUUGGAUCCCAACUCUCUCUUCGUUCUCGUACCAAUUUAACUUAUGGAAGCAAACUACCUCGCUUUCCGCUGACAUCUUAUCCUGAUAAGUUUCUUCGUCUGAAGGCAGCUGCUUCUCUGACUUGCGAUGAUCAGGAACCUAAACUCACAUUUAAGAAGUUGCCACCUUCUGAAUGGGGACAUUACUUCCUCAAUGUUCCCGUCGAUGUCUCAGAAAUGAAUGAGCUAGGAAGAGAGAUUGAGACACUGAAGCCAAAAGUGAGAGAAAUCUUAAUGUCUCAUUCCCAAGGCAUAGACAAGUCCAAGACUAGAAUUAUUUUUAUAUAUUUGCUUGUAAGUCUUGGUCUGUCUUAUCUUUUUGAAGAUGAAAUCGACAAGAUUCUUGAACAUGAUUUCCAAAAGGUAGACGAUAUGAUGACUGAUGAAGAUGAUUUGUACAAAGUUUCCAUCAUUUGUUGGGUUUUCAGAACAUACGGUCACAACAUGUCAUCCGAUGUGUUCAAGAGAUUUCAAGGGAACAAUGGCAAGUUCAAGGCUUCCCUUGUUAGCACUGUGAAAGGUAUGAUUAGUUUGUAUGAAGCCGCACACUUGAGGACAACAACAGAUUACAUUCUCGACGAAGCAUUGAGCUUUACCUCAAACCACUUGGAGUCUUUAGUUGCACGUGGGAGUCUCCCGUCUCAUAUCUCAAGGCAUAUUCAAAGUACUCUAGAUAUAUCCCAGCACCGGAACUUAGAGAUUUUAGUAGCACUGGAGUUUAUCCAAUUCUACGAACAAGAAGAUGACCACGACGAGAUGCUACUCAAGUUAUCAAGAAUCAAUUUGAAGUUCCUACAGCUCCAAUACCUUCAAGAAAUCAAAAUCCUUACAAAGUGGUACAAGGACCUAGACUUUGCAUCCAACUUGCCACCGUACUUCAGAGACAGACUCGUGGAAAUGUAUCUCUAUACACCAGGGUACUACAUUGAGCCACAGUCCUCACGUGCGAGAAUUAUGUUGACUAAGUUCUAUGCUGUUGUAACACUUGCUGAUGAUACGUGCGAUAGAUAUGCAUCUAUUCCUGACGCUGAGAGCCUUGCCAACAGCUUGGAAAGAUGGGUUCUUGAUGAUGUCACGGACAAACAACCAGAUUAUUUGAAAUUCGUACUUAAAUUUAUAUUAGAAACCUUCAAAGAAUUUGAAAGGGAAUUUGAGUCUUACAGCGUGAAAGCUACAAUAGAAGAGUUUAAGACACUUGCGGCUUCAAAUCUAAACCAUGCGAAAUGGGCACAGACGGGUCAUGUGCCUACCUUUGAGGAGUACAUGGAGAUUGGUGAGGUUGAGAUUGCUGUAUAUUCAAGUAUGGCAGCUGUUUUUAUGUGUAUGGAACAGACCAUUCCUACUCAUGAAGCUUAUGAGUGGCUCAAAACAAGACCAAAAUUCUUUCGAUCAUUUGCCAUAAAAGCCCGUUUAAUGAACGACAUGGCCGGCUUCAAG